AUGUCAUCAGUUCCACCUACAAAGACUUGGUGGAAAUCAAAGAAGACAGUAAAAGUCACAAGAUCCUAUCCAACCUUCCCUUCCCUGACUGCCUGGGAAGAAUUCAGGGGCCUCUUGCCUGUGGAUGGGGAACCGAAUCCUGGAGUGGGCCUAGGUGUGGAGGAGGGACUGCUCUGCCAGAAGCUUCAUUCUCCAGAAUUCAACCUGUUUCCUGACUCAGUGGUGUUUGAAAGCAAUUUUGUCCAGGUCAAAAGGAGCAGGAAUUGGAUAGACAUCUACAAGGCCUCCUACACCAUGGCCCUUGGAGUGACCUCCUCUGUGCCCUGCCUGCCCCUUCCCAACAUCCUCCUCAUGGCCGGUGUCAAAUGGCACCAGGGGCAAAGCCAGUCAUGGAACAGACCAUCUAUUGCCCCAAACAUCAUCCUGAAGAGGAUUCUCCCAUUGAAGUUUGUGGAGCUCCAGGUCUGUGACCGCCUUCAACGCAUCCUGCGGUUGAGGACAGUCACCGAGAAGAUCUAUUACCUAAAGCUCCACCCCAACCAUCCUGAGACUGUCUUCCACUUCUGGACCCGACUGGUUCAAAUUCUGCAGAAAGGUCUGUCCAUCACCACCAAAGACCCUAGUAUUCUUGUCACUCACUGCCUGGUACCCAAGAACUGCUGCAGGCCCUCAGGAGAUGCUAAGUUAGUACAGAAGAAACCCCAAGCUUCCCACCCCAGCGAGAGCCUUAUUCAACUAAUGGCCAAGGGGGAGAGUGAGGCCCUCUCUCAGAUUUUUGCCGACUUACACCAGCAGAACCAGUUCAGUUUCAGGAGCAGCAAAAAGUUGGAGACCAACAAAGACAGCUCAGGUAAAGGAGGGCACAGGGAAGACAGCAUCCCUUGUACCCGAGACCUCUGUUGGAGGGAUUCGUUCAUGUACGGAGAGUGGGAAAGAGAGAACCCCUCUGGGCCGCAGCCCCUCUCACUCCUCAGCACCCUGGCAGCCUCCACCAGGCCGUGGCUGGCCCCACCCAUAGGCAAUUCUAUCUGAGCUACCCUUUUAUGCUGAGGAGAAUGUAUGCAGCCCUCACCAACACCACUCUGCAGCAUUCAGCUCCUGAGGGGCCGUUUGGCUGGAGGGGGGGAGAAAGCUGUAACCAAG